CCGAGAUAUCCUUGUUCGUCUGUGUGUUACACUUUCUGCUUUUCUCGCUGGUUCUGUUGGCAUCGUGUCCUCGACCUGUGGAUGGACAGUAGGAAAGAGGCGCUCAACGGCCCGAGCUCCGGACGUCAUUGACGGCCAGGGCCCAAACUGGCCCUACCUCCGGUCAUUCAUUCCGACCAAGUGCCUGAAUACCUUCCAUCAGCCCAGGUCGUACCUCUUCCUACUUUCAUUCAGCCCAAACGAGCUCAUGUCCAAAGUCGCUAUCGUGACCGGCUCUGAAUCCGGUAUUGGGAAAGCGACGGCACUCACCCUAGCCUCCAAAGGGUGGGACAUCGGCGUCUGUUGGCACCGGAGCGAGUCCGACGCACAAGCGGUAGCAGAACAUAUCCGCGCACUUGGCCGAAGGGCUGAAGCUCAAAAGCUGGACUUGACCUACCCUGUCACCGCCGGGAAUGUGGUGAAUACGUUCGCACAACUGUUUGGACGGCUGGAUGCGCUCGUGAACGUCGCUGGGAUCAACUAUGGCGGGGAGUUUACAAGCUACGAAUUCGAGAUGUAUAGGCGGAUCAUGUCGAUAAACGUGGACGGGCCGUUUGUGCUCAUGCAACAUGCUGCGAGGGUGAUGAUCACCCAGGGACGAGGAGGGGUUAUCGUCAACGUGACCAGUGUGCACGAAACGUCGCCCCUUCCGGACCAAGCGGCGUACGUGGCGAGCAAGCACGCCCUCGGAGGGUUGACCACGACACUCGCUCUCGACCUAGCCAAGCACGGGAUUCGCGUUUGCUCUGUUGCACCUGGGUAUAUCGCUACGCCCAUGUCGCAAUUAGACGGUGCGGAUGUGAGCAAGAUUGGCGUACCUCGGCUUCCCCUCGGAAGACCUGGAGAUCCGAAGGAAGUUGGACAGGCGAUCGCUUUCCUGUGCUCUGACGAAGCGAGUUACAUCACGGGCGUGUCUAUCCCUGUUGAUGGUGGGUUCUUGAAGGUCAAUCCGCAGUUUGGUGGCCAGGGAGUGUUGGAAGGGAUGACUGGUGCGGACGUCAAGUACACGUAG